AUGGAGUUCCUUGUAGAUCGUGCUACUGAAGAAUAUGAACCAAUGAGGUUGGAAUUCCCUUAUGAAGAUCUAAUAACUAUUUGCCAACUGGAGAAAGAGGAGCAUGGAGAAAAGUGUUGGAGAAUGUAUUUUGAUGGAGCUAUUGAUGCCUUAGGACAAGGAAUUAGGCCAAUGGUAACUGUUAUCAAGGCCUAUAUGAAGAAGUUUGAAGGAGUAAAGUUGAGUUGUGUUAGUCGUACAGCAAAUAGGGCUGCAGACUGCAUUGCUGUCCAGGCAAGACAUGGGAUGAGCUUUUCGAGCUGGGACAAUGCACCGCCAUUGACUGGAUUCUGUGAUCCAAGUUUUUUUGGUGUUAUUGUGACUAGGUUGUAUUUUGAUGAUAACAACUUCAAAGGUUUUAUCCCAUCUACCCUGGGCAAUUUGUCAAAACUAAAGACGUUGUCCUUGCAUAACAAUAAUUUGAAAGGGCCGAUUCCUGCAGCAGUUGGAAAUCUUUCAAACUUGAAAUGGAAUGUUGAUUUUAGAACUAAUAAUUUCAUUACAGGUCAUCUGUCGUCGGGAAUAUUUGAUCACCUUCCUAAAUUACGAGCACUAAGUUUGACAUGGAACCAGAUUUCCGGUAGAAUUCCAAAUAGUUUAUUCAAAUGCAAAGAAUUGGUGUAUUUAUCCUUGCAUAACAAUUCUUUGGAGGGAAGUUUGCCCAUAGAGAUCGGAAAUUUGACUAUGCUCAACAAAUUGUCUCUCUACGGGAACAACCUGAAGGUAAAUACCAUUGAGGAUGAUGCUUCAGCAAACUUGUGGCACAAGAGGCUGGCACACAUGAUUGAGAAAGAGUUACAAGUUUUGGCAAGACAGUCUCUCAUUCCCUUGACCAAAGGAAACUUGGAUCAGCUACAGGUUCUUGUUUUGAGAUCGAAUAGAUUUUAUGGUCUAGAUAACUCCAAAGUUACAUCUUCCUUCACUCAUUUACGUGUCAUUGAUCUUUCUCACAAUCACUUCAGUGGAUACUUACCGAUGAAAUUUUUUGAAAAUUUGCAUGCCAUAAGGGAAGGGUAUGAAAAGAAAGUUAAGCCAGAGUACAUGAUCGAUGCAUCGGCUGAUGGAAUUGCGUAUUAUAUUCAAAGUGUAUCUUUUACAGCAAAAGGGUUGGAAACAGAAUUUCAGGAAAUGUUAACCACUUGGACGGUAAUCGACUUUUCGAGCAAUCAAUUCAUGGGGGAAAUUCCUAAGGCACUUGGUGAACUUCAUUCACUAGUAGUCCUCAACCUCUCUCACAAUAGUUUAACAGGUCCUAUCCCAUCAUCUUUGGCGAUUUGUCAGAGCUUGAAUCAUUGGAUCUCUCAUCGAAUAAGCAAAAAGGAAAAAUUCCAGUACAGCUAA